AUGAAUACACAUAAAAAUAAUGAACGUUUUGAUGAAUAUUCUUUGAAUAAUAAUUCAAAUUUGAAUGCAUACGUAAACAUGUCGAAUGAGGCGCACAAUAAUUUUUUAGUAAAUAGAAGGAAUGAUAUGAAUUAUGAAAUGUAUAAUUCUAUUAAUUCUGGACACAUGUCUAAUAUAAAUAAUAAUACAAAUAAUUUACAAGAUGCUUAUAUAAAUAAAGAAUUACAUUAUAUGAAUAGUGAUAAAAUAAAUAUAGCAAAAAAUCAUCAGAAUGUUCAUAUGACUGCAACAUAUAAUAAUAUGGAUAAAAAUAACGCAAAUAAUAAUAUCAUACAUUUAAAUAAUCAUAUAAAUAUGACAGAUGAUCAAAACUAUUUUUAUAAUUCAACUACAAAUAAUAAUAUGAAUAAUACAUUAAAGGAAAAUAACUUUAAUAAUAAUAUGAAUAUUAAUAAUAAUAUGAAUACUGUAAAUAAUUCUUUUUAUCAUAACACCGAUAAUAACUUCCUUAACUUCACAAGAAAUCAAAACGAACAAGAUACAUAUGUAAAUAAUAAUAUCAUUAAUAACUUCAACAACCCAAAUGUAGAUAAAAACAUUAACAAUAAUAAUAAUGCUAACAAAAAUGUAGAAUCUGUAAAUAAAUUUAACCAUAUAUACAACAUGCAAAACUUUAAUUAUUUCAUUCCUAAUAUGAGUAAUGGAAAAAAUGGGAACCUGGAAAACAACGCAAGCUUAUCCAAUAAUGUAAAUAGUGUAAGUACUAUAAGUGAAUUGCAUAAUUUCAAUUAUGUGAAUAAUAUGGACUUGAAUAAUAUGAACAUGAAUAAUGUGGAUAUGAAUAAUAUGAACAUGAAUAAUGUGGAUAUGAAUAAUAUGAACAUGAAUAAUAUGAACAUGAAUAAUAUGAACAUGAAUAAUAUGGACGUGAAUAAUAUGAACAUGAAUAAUAUGGACGUGAAUAAUAUGAACAUGAAUAAUAUGGACAACAUGAACAAUAUGGACAACAUGAAUAAUAUGGACAACAUGAACAAUAUGAAAAAUUUAUCUAAUUUUAACAAUUCAUAUCAAUAUAACAAUAUUCCUCAAUUUAAUAGUUCAUCACGUUUUAAUAAUAUAACUCAUUUUAAUAAUGGGAUAUCCCACAAUGCUAAUAAUGUGCCGAAUUUUAGUAACAGCGCGCAUUUAGAUAAUUCAAAUAAUAUGAAUAGAUUAAAUGCGGUGAAUAAUUUCGGUGACAUUAAUUCUUUUCAUGAUCCAUUGAAUGAAAUGCAAGUAUUAAAUAAAAAUGUAAAUAUGCAGAACGAAAACCAUUUUAAUGUUAUGAAUGAUGAGAUGAAAAAUUAUAACAACGUAAAGCGUAUUAAUAGUUUAUCACAUAUUCCCUAUAUGAAUAAUUUGAAAAAUUAUAAUGAGCAUACGAGUAUGCUGAAAGGAAAGGGAAAUACGAAUAGAAAAAAAAGUAAUAACUUAAAAAUUAAUAAUAAUCCCGGGAGUGUUAAUGCUCGAGCGAUAUCUGAAAAUAAUCAGAGCACUGCACAUGGUAAUAUUCCCAUGGGAAGUGUUGAUAAGGUGAUUAAACAUGAUCGUAUGGAUAAUGGUCUGAAAAAUAUUAACAAUAUGAAUAGUAUGAAUAAUAUGAAUAGUAUGAAUAAUAUGAACAAUAUGAACAAUAUGAUUAAUAUGAACAAUAUGAACAAUAUGAAUGAUAUGAACAAUAUGAAUGAUAUGAACAAUAUGAACAAUAUGAGCAAUAUGAACAAUACAAGUAUUUUAAAUAAUAAUAAUAAGAAGAUUACUAAAAGAGGAAGGGCCAAGAAAAAUAGUACCAUUAAUAUAAAUAAUAUUAAUAAAAUGAAUAGCACGAAUAACAAGAGUAGUGUGAACAAUAUGAAUAGUGUGAACAAUAUGAAUAGUGUGAACAAUAUAAAUAAUGUGAAUAAUAUAAAUAAUGUGAACAAUAUAAAUAAUGUGAAUAAUAUAAAUAAUGUGAACAACAUAAAUAAUGUGAACAACAUAAAUAAUGUGAAUAAUAUGAACUAUAUGAAUAAUAUGUUUAGUGUAAACCCCCAAAUGAAUAUCCUGGGUAUAAUGAAAGAUAUAAAUAACAAUAAUAUAACGGUUAGUAAUAAAAAUAAGCUUAUGAAUAAUUAUAUUAAUGAUAAUAAUAUAAUGAAUAUUGAAGGUAGCAUAAAUGAAACAUAUAAUUUUGAUGGUACAUUAAAUAAUAAAAAUGUUUCCAAUAAUAAUAAUAAUGAUAAAGGUGUUUUAAAUACGUUGAAUAGAAGUAAAAGUAGUUCGUAUAUAAAACCUCACCGAAACCUUACAAUACCAAUAAAUAUGUACAUGAAUAAUACAUAUAUGUAUAAUUCAAAAGCGUAUGUGAAUUACGAAAAUCAAAAUUGGAUAGCACAACAAGUUUGUAAUGAUAAAAACAUCUUAUCAUUAAAUGAAGGUCCAAGGUAUAAUGAUAAUAAUAAUAAUAAUAAUAAUAAUAAUAAUAAUAAUAAUAAUAAUAAUAAUAAUAAUAAUAACAACAAUAAUAAUAAUAACAACAAUAAUAAUAAUAAUCACAGUAUUAUUAAUAAUAAUAAUAAUCACAGUAUUAUUAAUAAUAAUAAUAAUCACAGUAUUAUUAAUAAUAAUAUUGCUCAGGGUAUACAUCGUGGAAAUAUGAUAAAUAAUCAAAAUUUUGAUGAACUAUCUUAUAACCCUAAUGGUAUUUUUCUUGAAAAAAAUACAAUUACAAAUUAUAAUGAAAUGUUAGGAUCAGGAUAUAAUAAUAUGUAUGAUAAAAAUGCUGCAAAAGGUAAUAUGAAUCUUAUCGGCAAACAUAGUAAUUAUGACUUAAUGAAGAAUGGUAAUAUGGUAAAUGGAUAUAAAUUAAAUAUGCAAAAAGUUCAAAAAGGUAUGAAUGAAGUGGGGAAAAAAAGAGCACCUCGUAGGAGAGCGAAAACAAUUAAUUUAAAAAGUAUAAACCGUUUUAACACUGUUUCUUUAGGUUUGAAGGGAAAUCAUAAUAUGGAUAAUAUGGAAAAUAUGAAUAAUAUGGAAAAUAUGAAUAAUAUGGAAAAUAUGAUUAAUAUGGGUAACGUGAACAAUGUGAACAAUAUGAACAAUGUGAACAAUGUGAACAAUGUGAACAAUAUGAACAAUGUGAACAAUGUGAACAAUGUGAACAAUAUGAAUAAUACGAACAAUAUGAAUAAUAUGAACAAUACGAACAAUAUGAACCAUACGAACAACAUGAACAAUAUAGAUAACAAUAUGGUUUACAAUUUGAACAAUAUGGUUACCAACUUGAAUUAUAUGGAUAAUAAGAUUAACAAUGCAGGUAAUAAUUUGAAUGGUGAAUUUUCAAAGCGAAUUUUAUAUAACCGUUCAAAGAGCACUGAAAAUAUAAAAGAGAUGAUGCAUCCUCAUAAUGAAGCAAAUAAUAUAUCAGGAAAUAAUAUAAGUGAUAGUAAUAAUAUUACCCUAAAUAAGAAUCUUGUAGAAAUGAUUUUAAGAAAUAACAAACCCAGCAUAGAUAAAAAUAUCCAUGAGAGUGUCAAUAGAUCAUAUACCAGCUUCCUAAUGAAUAUUGGAUCCUCCUAUUUAAAGAAAAAAAAAAGUGAAGAAAUUAAAACUGGGGAAAAUAAUACCGAAAAUAACAAAGGUAUAGUAAAUGUGAACAGUCAGGUAGAAGAGAAAGGUAAAAGUGAAAAUAAGAGCAUUCUAGAGAUAAAAAAAGAGGGACAAAUAAAAAAUGUCAUAUAUAAUAAUAAUAAUAAUAGUAAUGAAAAAGAUCAAAAUGGAGAUCAAUAUCAAGGUCAAAAUAAAAAUCAUAAGGAAGACCAACUUAAAGAUCAAAAUAACAAUCAAGAUCAACUUCACGAUCAAAAUAAAAAUCAAGAUCAACUUCACGAUCAAAAUAAAAAUCAAGGUCAACUCCACGAUCAAAAUAAAAAUCACGGUCAACUCCACGAUCAAAAUAAAAAUCAAGGUCAACUUCAAAAUGAAAACUAUAAUCAAAACUAUAAUCAAAACUAUUAUCAAAAUCACUAUCAAAACGACCAUCAAAAAGACCAUCAAAACGACCAUCAAAACCACUAUCCAUAUCAAUGCCAGGAUCAAGGAGUAAGCAAAGAAAUAAAUAAUAAAGAAAUAGAAGAAAACAUAAACAAAUUAAAUGAAGAGUCAGGUGAAAAUAAUAAUUUGGAAAUUUUGGAUGAAGAAGAAAUAACAAACAAAUCAGUAAUAAGCAAUACAAUGAAUAUGGUAGAACUAAAAAAUGAAAAUAAGAAUGAGAUGAUGAUUAACGAUAUAAAAAAAGAAGAAGAAAUAUCUGCACAAAUAGUAGAACCUGUAAAAAAAAGAGGAAGAAAAAAAGGAAGUAAAAUUGUCCACAAAAAUAUUACUAAUGAACACAUUUUAUCUCAGUUAAAAGAACCAAAGAGAAAAGGAAGAAAACGUAAAAUAUGGAUACAACCAUUAGAUAAUUAUAAUAAAGUUGAAGAUAAUAAAUUAAAAGAAUAUACAAAUAAUAUAGACAUAAGAGAUGAUAAUAAAGCAAAUACCCCAAAUGAAGAUGUAACAACAAAUAAUGUAACUACAUUAUGUUGUAAUAAAAAAACAAAAUAUGAAAGCAUGAAUCCAAAUAGUAUUCGAAAUAUGUUCAUUUUAUUAAGAAAUAAAUUAAGCAAUUUAAAUGUAAAAAAUACCAUGAAUAGUCAUUCAGAAAUAAAUAUGUUAAUUAAUAAUUUUAUAUAUAUCUUAAAAAUCAUGAAUAAACAUAAACAAAUGUUAGAAAAUAUAUAUACCAUCAAUUUUACAAAUAUUGAUGAUAUAUGUGUCCGAAAUUAUUUAGAAAAACAUUUCCCGUUCAUAAAAGGAUAUAGAAAUAAAUAUGAAAUUACUGAUGAUCUCUUCAUGCAGGGAAAUGGUGAUAGUCACCUGUCCAAGGAUAUUAAUUGUAUAAAUGGGAAUGAGGAUAUUGGUUUAAAUGCGAACUGUGAACAAAACGAAGAUAAUGUAAAUCAUGAAAAGAGUUAUAUGUAUAAUUACAAGAAUGAUAACAGUAUCACAAAUAUGGAGAAGUCUCCAAAUAAUAUCACACUUGUUCAUAAAAAUAUAAAGGAUGAAGACAAUUUCGAAACAAUAUUUUUAAAAACACGUAGUUCUUUUAGUAGUGUAGAUAGUAAUAUUAUUCAUAUUGAUAAUACACAAAAUUUUAAACUUUCCAAUUCUUCAGAAAAUAAAUUAAACCAAUUUGAAAAAAAAACUGUAUUAUUAGCCAAUGAUAUUUUAUGUGACGCCAAAAAAGAAAUCGAACAAAGUUACAUGAACAGUCAGGAAAAAGAAAAAAAUUACCUGCACUAG